ACGACCGGAAAUUAUGUACACAUGUCGUUGUCGCAGUGUCAAGUAACAGAUUCUGUUUUGCAUUUACUGACUUUUGACAUCGAAACAUUUCAGUGCAUCGAUUCGUUUUGUGGCAAUUAUUCAUAGUGCACAUAUGGCUUAUCCAGGAUAUGGCGGGUAUGGAGGACCAAUGCAAGGCAUGCCACUCCAGCGUAUGCCCAUGCAGGGUGGACCCAUGGGAGGCCCACCCCAGGCAUGCUACCCCCAGAAUGGUGGAGGCUACCCAGGGACCUUUGGUGCUCCUCCUCAGCAGGCUGUUAACGACCCCAUGUGGGGGUACUUUACUACCAUAGCAGGACAGGAUGGGGAGAUUGAUGCAGAGGAGCUUCAGAGGUGUCUUACACAGACUGGUAUCAGUGGCACCUAUACUCCCUUCAGUUUGGAGACAUGUCGAAUCAUGAUCGCAAUGCUGGAUAGAGACAUGACCGGAAAGCUGGGCUUCAAUGAGUUCAAGGAGCUGUUUGCUGCCCUGAGUGGCUGGAAGCAGAACUUCAUGAUGUUCGACCAGGACCGGAGUGGCACGGUGGAACCCCAUGAGAUGAGCCAGGCCAUCUCCGCUAUGGGCUACAUGAUCAGCCCACAAGCUCUGAACGCUAUCAUCAAGCGCUACAGCAAGGCUGGCCGAAUCUACUUUGACGACUAUGUGGCAUGUGCUGUGAAGCUUCGCGCCCUCACAGAGAGCUUCAGGAGGAGAGACCAGAUGCAGCAGGGGGCUGUCAACUUCCAAUACGAUGACUUUAUCCUGUGUACAAUGUCCGUCUGAGUGGUGUGGCCCGGCCCAUCCCAGGCUGGAGUGCUGGAACCAGAGAGAGGGACCCUUCAACCGGUGGUCUGGGGCUCGCUGACCACUUCCCCUAAAUAAUGGAAAGGCACCAAUCAAUAUUAGCCAAGUGUUCUUAGACUGAGUCCCAUAACCAACUUAAAAUGGGGAAAGCGGUUACAACAGAAACUGCUUGUUUGCUUGCCAUAAUCUCUGCCUUUCUUGUACGCUAUGCAAGAAUGUGCAGAUUUGCCAGAUAUCAAAUGGCGUGUUUCUAAAUGUAUCUGCUUGUUGUAAAUUCUGUUGCUAACUGACUGGUAGAUUCUAACAAAAGGGAUAGCAAAGAUGUUACUGAUCUUUACGAUGAUUUAUUUUGUGCCAUUACAAUCUCAGAUCAUACGGUUCCCAUAUUCAUCCCCAUCACUGUAUAGGUUCAGUUUUAUAACCACUAUAUUGUUUUAUAACCACUAUAUAAAAGGUGUGAAUUACUUUUACAUUAAACACUCCAUACAUUUUAAAGUAUAGAUAUAUAAUAUUUUUAUUACAAAUAUACAGUUAUGCUGGCUUUACAUUUUUUAAGAUAACUUGUCAAAAAAAUGUGUCUAAUACAAUUCUAUAUGCAUCUCUUGAUUUGAAUAAAAUGUGGCCUAACAUAUAAUGAACAAAUUAAUCAAACAUUAGGGCAUCCACAACUAUAUCAAUAACCCGCACUGUGGUAAACAUGCACUGUUAUUCCUUUGCAAAGAAAAGCAUGCAUUAACUACCACUAACAAUUAUGUCAACAAUUAUUUUGUGAUAACCUGCAUUUUCAUAGUUCAGGGAGAAAUAUUUAUCAGACGACAUGUAGUUAAUAGUACUUCAUGACCUUUGGGGCAUUCAUCAGUGAUAUUGGUGUUAUUCACAACACAAUAAACUCAUUUUGUAGUC